AUGGCUCCGCCUCCAGGACCUUACUCUGGAACCAGCACUCUUGCUCUGGUGGUUCGUGCAUCGGCCUUCACUUUUGGUGUCGUUUACGGAAGCUUGAAGCUCAAGGUUCUCAAGAGGAGCCUAAACUCCAAUUUUCUGGUUUUGAUUCCAAAAAAAGGGGGUGCGGAAGAGUUGGAAGACUUUAGACAGAUCAGUUUGGUUGGGGGACUGUACAAACUGCUUGCCAAAGUUUUGGCAAAUAGGCUGAAGUUAGUUGUGGGGGAGGUGGUUUCAGAGAACCAGGAUGCCUUUAUUCAGGGCAAACAGGUCCUAGACGCUGUGCUCAUUUCUAGUGAGGCUGUGGAUUCUAGAUUAAAGAACAAUAACCCUGGUCUUCUUCUAAAAUUGGACAUUGAGAAGGCUCAUGACCAUGUCAACUGGGAAUGCCUUCUUUCUGUUAUAUCUAAUAUGAGAUUUGGGUAA